AAUAGUCCAAUACAAUAAUUCAAUCAUAUGAAUGAAUCAGCUCAUAAAUAAUUCCAUGAAUUGGGAAGAAUGUUGCUAAAAUAAUACGGAGUAUGCAUGUUCAAUUCUUACUUUAAGAAAGAAAAAAAUAUAAUUUAGCAAGCCUAAUUCAUUAAGAAACCUUUCCGAUUGUCCAAUUGUUUAAUUGUUUAAUUCGUGUGCAUAAUGUAUGCACAAUAAAUUUACACACUAUUAAUUCAGAAUGAUAAGAAUCGUCAUCUGAAAAUAAUAUAAAUGGAAAUAAUAAUAGAUAAGAUUCCUUAAAAAUCACUCAAAUAUAGACAAAGUGUAUAAAUAUGAUAAUCAUUUCUUUCAAAAAUAUUAUUUAUUCAAUCCUAAUAGGAAAAGCUUUCUAAGAUAUAUGAGAUCACAUGAGUGGAGAGGACCUAGCCGCAGAGGCUAGGGUUUUUCUUGGUCGGGCUUUACCUUUCGCCCGUAGUUUUCAACGGCCGAAGCAAUAUCGGCAAGAAACAGGGCGUAUUCACGAGGAGAUAUCAGGUUUGACGGUUUCGCUUUAAAGGACGAGCUCGAACUUGUUUUUCUUGGGCAAACGAAGUGGAGAUGGAGAACAAUGUAGGAGUGGACGCACUGGCCAAGGUUUAUGAGUGGCUGGAUCUGGAGGAGGAGGAGGAGGACGAGAUCCUCGUGGUCGCACCGAUGGCACCGAACUCCAUGAAACACAAUCUGUCCAUGGAGGGAACCAUAACUUCAGAAAAGUCGGUACAUUUUUCUCAGUUUAGAGAUAUUAUGGCAUCUGUGUGGAAACCUGAGGAUGGUGUUACUAUAACUGAAAUUGGCCCUAGAAGGUAUGUUUUUUAGUUCUAUAAGGAGGAUGAUGUUAUUAAGGUGGAGGAGGAGGGACCGUGGCUUUUUGAUCAAAACUUAAUUGUCAUGAGCAGGCUAAAAGAGGGAGAUAUUCCCGUAUCUGUUCCACUGAAUAAAGCAGUUUUUUGGGUUCAAGUUCAUGAUAUCCCAGUGGGAUAUUUCACUGUUGCGAAUGCGGAACGAAUUGGGAACUUUUUAGGUACUUUUAUAAUAGUUGAUGAUCAUAACUUUUCUGAGAGAUGGGAAUCAUUUAUGAGAAUCCGUGUACGCAUUGACCUGGGAAAACCUUUGAAAAGGAAAUUGCUCCUGCGAAAAGAGGAAGAUGUCACUUUUCGUGUCAGGUUUUGCUAUGAGAAACUGCCCAGCUUUUGUUUUUUGUGUGGUAUAUAUAAUAGGGCAUGCAGAGAGUCAUUGCCCGCGCAAGAGAAGGGGAUAUGAUGCCACUAGUGAAAGGCCUUUUGGCCCUUGGCUAAGGGCUUCAAAAGGGGCAAAGCAAUGGAGAGAGAACAAAUGGCUUGUUCCAGCAGGGAAAGGAAUUAGUCCUGAUAGCAAGACUACCAGUGGUAAUAAUGAGGAAGGUAUGCGACCAGGUACGGUGGAAGGCGGGCUCUCACCACACGAGAGGGGAUAUAUCGAGCAGAAACGGAGGCGCGUGGAAGACUCAGCAGAGCACCAGACCAGGGAGGAGAUAGAGAUUGUUACUACCGGGGAAAAAACGGAGAGGAGGCGAGCUACAAAUCUGUAGCUCGCCAGACACAACAUUGAGAGGCUCUGGACCGCAGCUAUGGGGGUUGAAUAAGGCCGAGUGCCAUGAAGACUUUAUUUUUUUCUGCCGUUUUUCCUUUUAUUUUGUUCACUUUGCUUUUAUUAUUGUUUGGAACUUUAGUGGUAGGUUGAAUUUGGUUUUUUCUUGUUUGGCUUGGGAUGCUGUUUGUGGUGGAAGCGAUAAGGCUAGUUUAGCCGGUAAAAGCUUUGAAACUCUCACAUGGUUCGCGAAUAAUCUCGCUCCUUUCAGGGUGGUCUAUUCUAAGUCUAGCCAGAGAGUGGGGGGCUUUGGGCUUUGCUGAGCCUCACGAGGAGGUUUGGCUUUAUAUGAGGGGUAGUAAGUUUAGCUGUUUGAUUGAGAAAGCUUGGGUUAAUUGUAAGGGGGGAAGUAUGUUGACA